GAAAUCAUGUAACACAUGAGUGAAUGUUUCAGACAAGUACAUAUUCUCCCCUCUUGCAGGUCUACCUCCCAGAAUCCAGAGUUCCUACCCAGCAUGGACGGAGGGCCGACAGAGGGUGUAGGGGUGGAGGUCCCCACCAAGGACUACCCCUCCAUCCAGGCCAUUCACAGCCAGGAUGCCAUGGUUGCUGACCUCCUCCAGCAAGCGGCUGAGGCUGGGGGCGUGGUUGAAGCACAAGCUGGAGUCCUUGAGCAAGCUCAUGAUGACGGAAUGGCAGCGGCCGCCCAGGCCCAGCAGCAGCUAAUGGAAGCUGGGGAUGGUGGAGGAGGGGUUGAAAUGAUGGUUAUGAAUUCGCUCGAUCCCACCCUCCUGCAGAUGAAGACUGAGGUGAUGGAAGCUUCAGUGGGAGGGUCGACUGGAGUAGGUGCCGCUCACCAAGCAACUGUAACAACAGUGGACCAGACUCAAAUCAUCACACUGCAGGUGGUAAACAUGGAGGAGCAAGCAGCUUUGGGCCUGGGUGAGCUCCAGCUUGUCCAGGUGCCAGUUUCUGCCGCCAGUGUGGCAGCCCUGCAACAAGGAACUUAUGUUGAUACCACUUCAAUGUCAAAGGAUGGGGACCCAGUCAUCUGCCACACCCUGCCCUUGCCUGAGGGCUUUCAGGUAGUUAAAGUUGGUGCUAAUGGGGAGGUGGAGACAGUGGAGCAAGAAGAAGGAGAGGUCCACCAUGAAGAAGAGGAAGAUGAGGAAGUGGGUCAUCAGAUUCUGGAAGAAGUUGAAGAUGUACCCAUCCAUACUCAAAGUGAUGACACAAACUGGUCUAAAGACCCAGAUUACCAACCUCCUUCUGGAGGAAUCAGGAGAGGCAAAAAGGUAAAAAAGAGCCGUCUUCGUUAUGGUGAGGGAGACAAGGACAUGGAUGUCAGCGUCUAUGAUUUUGAAGAAGAGCAGCAGGAGGGCCUUCUGUCUGAAGUCAAUGCUGAGAAAGUGGUUGGUAACAUGAAACCACCCAAACCUACUAAGAUCAAGAAGAAAGGAGUGAAGAAGACGUUCCAGUGUGAGCUGUGUAGCUACACCUGCCCUCGCCGCUCCAACCUGGACAGACACAUGAAGAGCCACACCGACGAGAGACCCCACAAAUGUCACUUGUGUGGAAGAGCCUUCAGGACGGUUACACUGCUAAGAAACCAUCUCAACACACACACCGGUACCCGUCCACACAAGUGCACAGACUGUGAUAUGGCUUUUGUGACGAGCGGAGAGCUGGUUCGUCAUCGUCGCUACAAACACACACACGAGAAACCCUUCAAAUGCUCCAUGUGUGACUAUUGUAGUGUGGAGGUGAGCAAACUAAAGCGUCACAUUCGAUCCCAUACUGGAGAGCGUCCAUUCCAGUGCAGUCUCUGUAGCUACGCCAGCAGAGACACAUACAAGCUGAAGAGACACAUGAGGACUCACUCAGGAGAGAAACCGUAUGAGUGCUACAUCUGCCAUGCACGCUUUACCCAGAGUGGGACCAUGAAGAUGCACAUUCUGCAGAAACACACCGAGAACGUGGCCAAAUUCCACUGUCCACACUGUGACACUGUCAUUGCGCGGAAGAGUGACUUGGGCGUCCAUCUUCGAAAGCAGCACUCGUUUAUCGAGACUGGAAAGAAGUGCCGUUACUGCGAUGCCGUUUUCCACGAACGCUACGCUCUGAUCCAGCACCAGAAGUCCCACAAGAACGAGAAACGGUUCAAAUGUGACAUGUGUGACUACUGCUGCCGCCAGGAGCGACACAUGGUGAUGCAUCGUCGUACCCACACUGGAGAGAAACCCUACGCCUGCGGCCAGUGUGAAAAGACUUUCAGGCAGAAGCAACUGCUGGAUAUGCACUUCAAACGCUACCACGACCCCAACUUUAUCCCCGCCACCUUCGUCUGCCCCAAGUGCAGCAAGACCUUCACCCGCAGGAACACCAUGGCACGCCACGCCGAGAACUGCAACGGCGAGAUUGACGAGGCUGAGAACGGAACUCCGUCCCCCAAAAAGGGGAGAAGAGGAAGAAAGNUGUCAUUCAGAGGACGAUCAAGCAACGAGCUCGACGAGGAGGAGGAGGAGGAGGACGACGAGGAGGGAGACUUGGAGGAAGAAGAUUUAGCCAUGCUACAGGAAGAUGAGGAACCAGGGAGCAUGGAGCUGGACCAGGCCCCUGCUUCCAUCCCUGUACCGGCCCCCGAAGAGCCGCCAGUCAAGAGGAAACGAGGCCGACCCCCAAAGAAUGCCCCCAAGGCUCCUACACCCAGCAAGUCUGUCAGAGCGGCUUGUUUGUGUGUUGCAGCUGCUGCCAUCAUUCAGGUGGAGGACGAGAGCACAGGAGCAGUGGAGAAUAUCAUCGUGAAGAAGGAAGAGGGUGAAGCCUCUGCAGAGACUCCCCUGGAUGAUCAGGGCAUGGCCCUGACCGUGGAAGGGGUAGGACUGGAUGAGGGAGGGGUGGAGACUGUUGAGCUGGCUGUGAAUGAGGAAACGGCAGCUGCUGCCGCCGCCGCCAACGGCGAUCUGACGCCAGAGAUGAUCCUGAGCAUGAUGGACCGGUGAACGCAAAACUGCAGCCCAUACACACACACACACACACACACACACACACACACACACACACACACACACACACACACACACACACACACACACGUAGCCUGAUCAUGUCUAAAGCUAACAUUUCCACAAUAAUGCCUUCACCUCAUGUCCCAUCAAUAUGUGCUUUUUAACAGCAGCCAUUUUACCUCCAUUGGAGAGGAUUGCAAAAAAAAAAAAAAAAACUGGUGACAGCAAAAACAGCCAUGCAAAAUGAAAGGACAUGUAAAUACUUCCCACGGUCACCACAGUAUAUCUUUAUACACACUGUGGCACACACACACACACACACACCAGAUCCUGUGUCAUUUCCAAUAUCACGUAUAGAUACCUGAUUGUGUAAACUUAUUACUGACUGCUUACUGCUCUCAAGUGCUUUGUUUUGUUUUUCCGCCGUUUCAAUGUCUUCUGAAUGAGUCAUUGUCUUUUUUGCUACUUGUGUCUACAAAACCACAUCCUGUGUCAGUCCUUGCCCACAUGCUGACACGCUGUGCAGUUAAAGUUCAGUCAGAAACUAACUCACUGCUCUGUCUCUCUCUUUGCUUUUUACUUUGUUUUUCCUGCUCUCCUGAUUAUUUUUGCAACUUCCAUACCCUUUUCAUUUUUGUGUAUAUAUAUAAAAUGUAGGGUUUUUUUUUUCCCUAAUGAAGACAUAGUUUAUGGUACUUAAAGUUGCCUCUGAAAUUAUCACUUGCUCUCACUCAAAUGAUUUGUUUUUCCCUAAAAGUCCGGCCUUGCUCUGUGGACUGUGUGUAAACACAUGAUGUAAGUAGCUAACUGUACAUCAAGACUUCAGUAGCAGGAAGUUGACCGAAGGAUUCUAUUUCUAACGCUGCUUUUCCACUGGUCAGAAGAACCUAUGAACACCCGCUAGCAUCUGACUUUCCUCUGCAAUGGAAGUGAAUGCAACUGGGCCUGGCUUUCACGCUUGGAUCAAAUGACGCACUUGACGCAGGUUUUUAUCGGCUCCCUCUCCGGUCACAAGUAAUGUAAACAUUGCUUGCAGGUGAAGUCAUAAUUUCACCAUUUUACUGCCAUGACGCUUUCCUUGGUUGCGUGUUGUACAUUUCGGCGCAUGUCGCAUCAAACACAACUGAGCAGACUCUUUAUAAGUACCGGUAAUUAAAAAGGUGCCGAUCAGCCUUUUUAGCAUGUUUACCUGUGUUUAAAAAAAAAGCCACUAAUUUGAUGUAAAAGAGGAAUAGGUGAGCAUUUGUUGGCAGAUUCUGAUAGAAACUUGCCUUUUGUUGCCUCCUUCAGAGUCCAGACUUGAAAGCGGUAAUUAUUCAUGCUGUUUGAAAGCAAAGGUUUGCCGUCACACAAGCUCGGAGCAGGUGAGAUAAUCCUGAGAUCAGUUUGUACAUUCUUGUAUACGGUAUGUCUGUGCAUUUAAAUAGUCUUAUUUAACGUAAUCCACUGUUACAAAGACAAAUGUUUUUAUUUGGUAACAUCAGCUGCUUAAAAUGACUUCACGUCCCGGGUCAUACAGCAUUUGGACCAGAUGCGGUUGUUUGAUCGGUGCUCCUCGGACACCUCUGGAACCACAGAUGAUUUGCAUAUAAUUGCAUAUUUUAACCCUUAUUGAUUUCUUGUGAAAACCUUUUAAUGUUUUUUUAAGUAGCUGGUCUAGGAAUGUGUUGGUCAACCAGACAUGACGGUCAUCACAUCGUCCUUCAAGUCUUCUUUUCCUCCCACUACUCCAUCACCUUGUUCACUUCUCUGUGAUUCUGUUGCUUAAAGCCUUUAUCUCCUUUGAUACUGUUACACUUACACUCUCUACAGGAGGCUUCGUCUCACUCUGUGCUCCUUUUUAACCUUUGGCCCAAAUGCAUGAGGUGUUUAUCUCAGAAAAAUAUCAACCAUUAGUUUCCAACGUUCUGAAGUGUAAUAACAGCGGUGGAAUAAUAACGACAAAACGCAGCCUUGUCCUGUUCUUUGACUCAUUUUAAAGUGCUGUUUUUAGAAGGAAAUCAGGCCUCAGGGGUUGGUGCUUUUAGUUUGCUGUAACUGCGAUAUCAUUGGGAAAUUUCAGAGAAUGAUUAAGAGGGCUAUGAUGUUCUGAUUUACAGUUUUCUAGCGUUGUGUAAAUAAUAGUUAGGGAAAAACCCCCCCUGGACAAUAUGAUCUCCUAUUUUGUCUCUAGAAGUCAAUUAAAAGCAGAAAAUGUCUGCAAACCAGUUGUUGCUCCAACAAAAUUCCACGUGACGCCAAAGAAGAUGGGCGUGGGCCAGAACUGUAACCCAGCCAGCUCCCGCUGUUGAUUUGGAUGUGCGUGCCUUUGCACAGGUUUUCUCCAUGGAAUGCUUCUGUAGACUAUGACUGAAUGAAUCCAUACACUCUGUGAGCUAACUGUUAAAACAAUGACCAUAUACAUAGAAGUGGAAACAGUUUACUCUCUAAAAUCUUUAACAGUCAUCCAGCAACGUCAAUUCUGGGACAGCAACGUUUGUGUUACCAUUCUGCAGACGGACAGAUGGCGAACGGGUGUUGGACUGUUUUCACAGCAGCAGCAUUGUUUUUUGUUUUGUUUCCCCUUUCAUUGUUUUGUUAGCAGUGAAGUGAGAACAGUUAUUUUUUUUAUAUAAUCUGUCACAUCCCUGUUUUAAGAGCAAGAACACUGAAGAAACACUUGUCAUGUUGAAGCUGAGACACUGUACAGCCGAUGAAAAAUAAAAAUGCUUAUGCGCCUAUAA